CUGCCCGAACGCGUGCCCGACGGUCUGUUGUCGGAUAUGUACGACCACUGGGAAAACAUAUUCGAAGCACUAAUCAGAGCCGGAACUUCUGUUUGCGGUACAACCCAGCUAACCCCAUCCGAAUAUUGGAUCUCUGUUAGUACCGCAUCUUUGCUGGAGGCUCAGCGACAGAUUCUGCCUGGUCGCAACCACAACUCCACCAGACGCCGGUUAAAACUGAAUGUUCUUACGGACCGCGAAACCUGGUGGACCCGAAAUGCCGAAAGGAUUGAAGACACGAAAGAUGCUGGAAAGGACAGCAAACUGGCCCAUUUGAUUCAGUAUCAAAAUCGCUCCUUGAUAUGCAGCAAAGGAGAAUGUUUGGCCCAGGGUGUAGUGGGAGUCGAUAACUUAGUUAAUCGAACAGAAAUGUUGGCAACAGAAAAUGAACGUAGUGCGGAUGAACAAUUGAAAGUGGUUAAAGUGCCUAUAAUGGCGGACUCCAACACCUGGGACGUCGUUAUCGUUGGCGCAGGAAUUGCGGGCUUGACGGCCGCAAAAGUAUUGUCUAAAGAAGGUUUGAAGGUUAUUGUUCUUGAAGCCAGAGAACGCAUUGGGGGACGAAUCCAUACUCUUCGCAUGCCAUGUGUGGGCGACGAAAUCCCAGCUACUGUUGUGGACUUGGGCGCUAGUUACCUUCAUGGGUGUGUCAGUUCUCAGGAUAUACAACCACUAUUUACACUGGCCACUCGUCUCAACAUGCCGACAGUGACGGCUCCCGGGGAUAUUUUGGGCCCGUAUCGAGGUUGGGAGUGUCCGGAAAUCGGUCUUUGGAGGGAUCCUAAGACCGGAGAAGAAAUUCCACUUCAUGAAGUAACCGAGAUGAGCUUGUUGUUGGAUCGAUGCUUGGUACACAUUAUGACGUCUAGCAGACUCAAGUCAGAGGGUGCCGUCGAAAAGUAUGACCUCUCCACUGCGAUGAAUACGUCCCUCGAUGUGUGCCUUCGCCUCUUGUUCACAGCUGGAAAACGGACCUCACUCACACUUAGUAGCCGUGAACGCGGUAUUUUUGACUCUUUGUUCGUCCGCUACAUGGCCUACGUGAAUCCCGCACAUCGACUGUCUGCACAGCUUCAGCUUGGACCACAUUAUGAGGCUGACGCAUCUGCCAAUCUAGCCUAUGAUACUGAACAACCUACUGCCUUAUCAAAGCAACUUUAUUUGGAUUGGUUAGAGAGGAAACGGAAACAUCUAGCUUCGUACCCACUUAAACCAUGCGUUGCUCGGAAGAUUGAACAUAAGUGGGAAGACAGACUGGUACUACAGGGUUUUGACAAGAUGAUCGAAUUUCUGGCCACGGAUUUGGAUAUACGACAGCGUUGCGUUGUUCGGUAUAUUGAUUGGUCGAAUGUAGUCCCUAAUAAACCCAGACUACCCAGUUCGGUUCGACCUGGACACGAUCUUAUUUGCAUCGAGGCUUCAACGUACGCAGAAGGAGAGUCUCCCCCGGCAGCAUGCAGAAAACCAUCUUUAAAGUUUUUCGCAAAGUAUUGCAUUAUCACAGUUCCCGUUGGCGUCCUGAAAGGUUUGGAUCGACGAAGCGCGGUAAAAUUCAAUCCACCCCUUCCGGCCAGAAAAUCGUUGGCCGUUGAACGGCUGGGGAUUCCUCGAUUAGGGUCUGAAACGCAUAACAAGGUCGUGCUUCGGUUUCAUCCUUCUGACGUCUUUUGGGACCGAACUGCUCCUCAGCUUGUGUGUCCUGGAGCGCGUCUGCACAUUCUCAAUUGCGACUACUUCGGUCAAUCGGGUGUGCUCGUAGCGCACCUCUGGGGUGGAUCAAAACUGCGACUUCUCAACAGACCGGAUGAAGCCGUCGUUAAAGAAAUUCUGGACCUAUUAUCGGGCAUGUAUCCUACUCAAUGUCCUUUACCAAAUCCACUGUUCACUGUGGUGACGCGAUGGUCGGAAGACCCAUUCAGUUUGGGAGCGUACACUGCUGGCGAAGUGGGAAGUGGUGACGCUGAUCGACACGCCUACGCUAGUAGUCUUCCUUCUCCCGACAACCCCCGCUUACUGUUCGCUGGCGAAGGUACAGUGGACAGCGCUGGUGGCCAACAGUGUACGCAUGGUGCGUUUACGUCCGGAUUAUCCAGGGCUUUCGAUGUGCUGGAUAAAGAGCAAGGCACUCGGUGUCGUCUUCGGGAUGUUCGCAUUGUCGACUACCUCACUGGGUAUCGGGCAUACAGCGCCCAACCACACGGUAUGCUACGACGAGCUAUGAAGCGGAAACUAGCCAUAGAUAUUCCCCGAAUAGAUGAUGCAUUCGUCGUUGUUCGUAAACGAUCCCAGUGUAAACCAGUCACCGAAAAGCAUACGCAACUAAAAGAGAAACGACAUAAUAUGGCGCUUACCGAGCUAACUAAAACGCCUGAGCUGUCUUCGUCACCCUUAGAGAAGGAAUCCGAACUGUGCUUGCCUCGCCCCCCACUCGGUCAUCGCAGGUCCAACCGUUUGUCCACUUGGAUCUCGACACAGGCAUCUGUCUCACUCUACACGACAUCUACUCGCCCUUUUCGGAAAACGAAAUCCCUCAGCACUAGUAACAGUACCAGUAGCUUAGGUUCUUUGAAGGACUACCUUACUUCAUCUCCGUCCUCGGAACACCCGAAUGACAGCGCGGGUGAGGAGGAAGUAAAAAUAAGUAAGCAGCAUAAACAAACAGCGAAUUUCCCUAGGUAUUCUGAUUAUUCUAAUCCGAAUGGUUCAUGUGUUCGUACAACGGUACGAGCCAAGUCAUCGGUUAAAAAAUAUGCUCCUAAUGUACGUCCUCACACACACUCUCACUCACAUCCAAUGAAUAAUCAAACAUCGGUGAAACCCAACAACUCCUUAGGACCCACAACGCCUACCUUCUCUCCAUUGUCGAGCGGCACACCCCCAACGAAUUGUCACCCGACUUUCGGUAAAUUAACUUUUUCGUCUACGUCCACUUGCAACUCGCACCUGUUACCUACCACGCAAGUUGCGACUGGUGUGUCGUGGUCGAUCGAAGGCUGUGGUCAUCUGUCAUGACAUGCUUGCAGUAUGUUAUCCGGUAAUCCCCUCCCCCAGGCAGCAGCAUGAGCCGACCCGUGUUUUGCUUUCACUCCUGACAAUCAUAUGUUUCCAGUUAUGCUGUGAAUGUUCUCGUUGUGACUUUUACUUUGUUCUUUGCUCAUACUUUACUGUUGAUAACUUUGGUUUGCAGCUUUUCUGUACAUAUUCCACUCACGGUUGUUUCAUAUUUUAGUAGUUUGGUUUGCAUGCAAAGCGAACCACUCUACACAGUAUAUGUAUGCGAGGGUAUUCCUCUCAAUACUUG